CCCCUCUCUCUCUUUCUGUUUGAUUUGGGGGAAGUGCUUCGUGAACCUCAAAGGCUUUAAAAACAACAGGGGUUUACUGUCUGUGUAGGUCACAGGACGGAGGGAGGACAGAGGUAGUCGAGGAGGGACGAUGCGUUCUUUCUGGCUGUUUGUGGCCCUGCCAGGUCUGCUGUGGGCCUCACAAGUCACUCUGUUAGUAGAGGGAGACAACGAUGCCUCCAGGAUCUGCAAACCUGCCCCCUACUGGGACAUCAAGGGAUAUGCACCCAUGCAACAGCUGCUGGGAAAUGUGGUGGUGGUGGCGCUGCUGAAGGCCAGCUGACAGUUCUGCCUCACUCAGGCAUCCAAGAUCGGAGGCCUGCGUGGAAAGCUGAACCGCAGCAACCUGACAGAAGUGUCCUUCAUGAUAGUGAACGAGCGCGAGGCUACUUCCAGAGCCAUGUACUGGGAGCUGAAGAGGAGAGCGCCCCCUGGAGUUCCUGUGUAUCAGCAGGCUCCUCUGCAAAAUGACGUGUGGGAUGCUCUAGAUGGAGACAAAGAUGACGUCCUGGUCUAUGAUAGGUGUGGUCUCCUCACCUUCCACAUCGUGCUGCCCUACAGUUUUCUGCAUUUCCCCUACGUGGAGGCUGCAGUCAGAGCCACUUACCUGAAAAACAUCUGCAACUGCACCUCUAAUUCAACUUCCUGGAUUGGCGGGAACAACAUCACGAGGAACGGCACGGCUCGGUUUAACCAGACAACAACGCCACCCACCGAGGAUCCAGCUUUGGCACCGAGGAAGGGGGCUUAUGGCCACCAAAGCCAUCACCACGGUCAUCAUCACCAGCCUCAUCAUCACCACCAGCACCAACAUCCAGGCAGCCAGAACCAGACUCAACACCAGCAAGACGCGAGUCAGAGUAAAACCCGUCAACCUGUUCAUCAUCAGCACAACCACUCCCAUCCUCAGCACCAUCAUCAUCAUCAUCAUCAUCAUCAUCAUCAUCAGCCCGCCAACAACACUGAUGAUAAAUAAGAUCCCAGUCCAAUUUCUUUUAAUUUGCUUCUUUAGUUCGUUUUGGAUUUAGAAUAAUGCAACUUAGAGAGCAGAUGAAUCUCUUUGAAGAUGUGAUCAGAUUGUGGUUUCUCUGCUGCCGUUUCUACACUUCAUGCACCUCCGUGUGGAUAAGCUAACCAGGUCUGCCUGUUUUCUCCCAUUAAUGAAGUCUGCAGUGUAAAACCUGCCUGCAGGAGGCUGUAGAUGGAUGUGUGAGGAGAGAUGGGACGAUCUACGGUUAUUUUCAUCCACACUGAGACGCAGAAUAGUGUUCAUGGCUGCUGAGCGAACCUUAGUCUGGUUGCUGUUUACAGUGGAUUCAACUCUCAUUUCAUUUGUUUUUGCAGCACUAAUGCACACAAUUAAUCACUUUUGGAUGUUUUCUGUGUUACUCAUUUUUCUUCUCGUGAACUAACUUCUAGACUAUUAUUUUGGUUUUAAUAGCAGAUACAUGUAAACUGCGAUUGUAUUGCAUUACACCUCUAAAAACAUUAAAGCUGACCUUUACGUCUGUA